AUAUAUGUCUGCGAAAGGACGACAAACAUGCGCCGGUUGUUUUACCUUCAAGAAAUUUGAUAGAACUUGACUUGCUUGUUGAAUGCUUCAGUUGUUGUCCUAACUGCGCAGCCGUCUCCCACAGCUUUGAUAUCAUGUCUAGUUGAUGUGAAAGUCUUAAAGUAGAAUGUUUGAAUGGCUAAAACAUUCUGUGUAGAGAAUCAGGUCUGCUCAGAAUGGGUACAAACGCUAGCAAGUCCAGUCAUUCUUCAGGUUCAACAAACCCGAAGAAAAAAUCUAAGAAAAGAGCAGAUAACUCGGAAGAGAGCUCGAAGGAAUCCAGCAUGCCGUUCUUCGGACACAAACAGAGUGAAGCAGGACGUAAGAAACUCCAGCAUCAGGUUUACUUGGCCCAGGAGAGCCCUGAAGCCACAGUAGAUCUCUCAGGAUGUGAAGCAGUUGAGGUGCCUCAUGGGAUAUAUGCAACAUGUAAAAUUCUUCGCAAAGAGGCCUUACUUCUGCAUAACAACUGGCUAACGUCCCUGAAAGAGGGUGGCAACAUUCUUGACCUGGUCACUAUUCGGGUAUUGGACCUCCAUUCCAAUGAGCUUUCAUCUCUGCCAGAUGAAAUCUGCAUGUUGCAGAAUCUGCAGGUUCUCAAUGUUGAAAAGAAUAAGUUAACAAAGUUACCAAAUAACCUUGAGGGUCUCCAAUCUUUACAGAACCUAAAUGUCAGAAGCAACAAAAUCAGAGCCUUACCGCCAUCAAUAACAAAGCUGAAAUGUCUACGCACAUUGGAUAUCACAGAUAACAAAAUUACCAGCCUCCAAAGCGAACUCUGUCAUGUCAGGACACUAGAAACUCUGUUGCUUGAUUCCGCCAUGAUGACCAGUCCAAGUCCAGAAAUCUGCUCUCAGGGAACAGAGGCUAUUAUGACUCACCUUUGCUCAGAAUGUGGUAUAGAGUAUCUACCUCCGUCAAACUUUCUCCUGGACGUACUUGAACCACCAAAAGUUGUCUCCCCUAGCAUGAGUAACAAUGCUCUGAAGGCAUUUGCUGAAGACGUCAGACUCAUGAGCAGUUUUGACCAGUAUGCUUCUCAACAGGAAAGGAAGCGCCUGGAGCGUAUAGAGUUACAGAGGGAGUUUGAGAAUCACCAGUUCCAGCAGGCACAGCUGGCUGCCGUUUCUGCCGCAGAUAAACACAAACUCAUUGAAUACUUGGCUGCGGAUGAGCUGAAGGUGUUCCAAGAACUGAACCAGCUGUCUCAGAGGCGGGAACAAGAGAGGAAAGACUUAGUGGCAUCUAUCCAAGAGGUGGAGUUGAGAGCAGCUGAUCUGAUGAACCAGUUACUCCAGAUGAAUGAGAAGGCCAGGAAAACAGAAGAGCUCCUUGAAAAAAUGGAGAAAGAAAGGAUAGAGCAAGAGGAAUGGUUUGUUGUCAGACAGGAGGAAUCAGAAAAUCUCAGGAAACAGGAAGUUUUGGUUGCCAUGGAACAGAUUCUUGUAGAUAACGAGAACUUUGAUAAGCUGUGGAAAAUGUAUGAGAAUGAUCGCCGGGAAUAUAAACAAAGAGCUCUGGAAUCUGAGUCAGAGACGAACGAUCAAAUAAACAGUGUUCUGAAGCUAAAGCGGUCAGAGCAGAUGGAGCUCUUUGAUGUUCUCCGUAAACAGGAGAAGUUGCAGAUGGAGGCGUUUGAGACGCUGCAGUUGCAGAAGGAUGCGCGGACGACGCGCCUCACGAGUCAGAUAGAUCUGAUCCAGGAGGAGUUAGCAGAGCUGUCUAAGGUGGAGAUGGAGAGACGAGAAGAGAGACAGGAGAAUAGUAAGAAAGCGCUAUCAGAGAAGAGGUUAGCACUAACCCAGAUGAUGCUACAGCUUCUGGACGAGAGAGACAGACGGGCUGUGGAACUCAAACACAGAAUACAAGAAAUGGAACAGCGGAAGAAAGAUGGACAGGUGGAUUAUUGGCUGGUACAGUUGCAGAGGUUGAUGGACAGAAAACCUCAGGAGCUCAUAGAUCAGGAACGACUGCUGGAGAUUGCUGUGAUAAAGAUCCUGGAGAAAGCAGAUGCCAGUGACUACAUCUCACUAUUCUCUCGCCAUCGUAUCACCAUAGAAACCAUGCUGCAGCUUAAUGAGGAAGAUUUGAAACAGAUGGGCGUCCAUGAAAUGGGUCUGAGAAAGUCGAUCCUGAAGCAGAUUGAAGAGUACAAGCUCCUAGAGGUUUCUGCAAGUAGCAAGAAGGAGACUUCUCGAGCCCCGAUGGCUUUGGAACAUGUGGUGGAGGCCACAGCACCUCCUAGUGGAGAGGUGGAUAACCCAGUGCAGGAGGUGAAGGCGAGAGGUGUGGACUCCGAAUGCUGCAUAUGCAUGGAGAGAAAGUCUGUGGUGAUCUUCCUACCUUGUGGUCAUGUCUGUUCAUGUGACACCUGCUCUCACAGUGUCACCGAAUGCCCCCUAUGCCGGGCCACCAUUUCCCAGAGAAUCACACUGUUUACCGGCUGAUGUCCCCCUGAAAUACCCUGAUGUGCCAGAGUUUAAACAAAGACUUCUUGAUCUGCUCAACAUUACCAUGGUUGCUCUAAUCUUACCACUGGACAGUAGUGAUGAAACAUCAAUGAUAAAUGAGGAUUAAAUUAAUGUUAUCUCCUGCUUAUCAGCAAAUUCAUUGCUAUGAAAGGUUGCUUAGCAACAGCCAAUGAGAAGUCUUGAUAUUCCAGAUGUCUGUUUUUACUCAAGAUCAUUGUUGUUGAAUUUGCAUUGUUUCAUUAACAGGAAGAUGGUUGAAAUCAUUACAUUUCAUGGAUUAUAUGAGCCAUUAUGUAUUAUAGGUGCUCUAUAAACUGUAAAAAGUAAUCUGGCUGGUUUAUGUAGCAAAUUUCAAAAUUAAUAUCUCUUUUGACUGUUAGAAAAUAUAUAUUAAUCACAUCAUAGUAUGAUUUUUAAUCUCCUGACAAGGAAAUAGUUUAAACCAUUCUGAGAUUCAUGUAUGAUUAGUUUUAUAUUGAUGCCACAGAAGUAAUAUAUUGCAAGUUUCAAAUAUUUUCAUUAGUCUAUCAGUAUUAUAUGUCUUGCCUGUGGUAAAGAAGGAAAACAGCAUCUAUGAAUUCAGUGGUUUAGGAAUUGACUUAUUCAAACCACUCACUUGAACACACCUCAGUGAAUCAAAAUGAAGUUGUUUGUGUAAUUUGUCUGUUAUUUUUAACUGUGGUAAUUUAGAAUACUUAACAAUUUAGAAUAUGACUUUGUACAACUCAAAAAUUUUAACUAAAGAGCUGCUUACAUGAAAUUACACUCCCCACCAAUGAUGAAAGCAAAUGAAUGUUCAACUUGGCCUGCUUGGUGAACUAAGGAUUUUAUUUAAACUGUCCUGUCUAUAACACCAAUCAAACUCUAAGCUCACCAAUACCGAUUGAUACGCUUUUGUUAGCCAUUUGGUCCCCGAAUAACUCAUUCCAUAUCGCUUGUGUUGAGAACGCAGCUUUUUAAUCUCCAACUUGUACAUUAUUGUAUAGCAAUUUUAUAACAUCUAUUAUGAUUAUAUGUGUUGUUUUUAUAUAAAUAACAUGAAUUUCAGAACGAAGAAUGUUUUUAUAUUGCACAUGGCAUACUGCAUGUAUUAAGACAAAACUCAGUUGUCUAAAGUUAGUAGUUUGUAGAAUGUAAAAUAUUACAUUUCUUUACCAGUCUUUUGGAAAAGUAAUGAUAUGAGAUGGUCUAACCAUGUGAGAAAAAAGAAACUCAAUAUACCUGCUACAAUUACACAUAUAUUGGCUAUUUUGCUAUGGCUAGUCUAUUUCAUUGAAAUGAAUAAUAGCCCCUGAAGAAAGAAGACCCAAUAUUAAAAUGGCUUUAGCUGCCUUUAGUGUAGAUCUACAACGUUUUCGACCACAAAAGUGCUUGCUUAAGAGCAGUUUGUGCACAGCAUUAUUAUGAAAAUGACGCUGUAAAUGAUAUGUUUGUAUCACUUCAGUCACAAGCUUCAUAAAAGUUAUUUGUCUACACCCCAUUGUUCUUACAGAAUGUUGCAAAAUAUGGAUCGCUGAGGCGGUUCAGUUUAAGAGGUUGAAGAGUUAUGAUAUUCGCUUUUGGUGGCUGGCUGAUGAGGUGCCGCAAUUCAGAGAGCUUGUAUAUUUCACAUAGGGCAGUGGCAUAUUUGUAACCAUAUUUAGUUGUAUCAUUGAUAAAAGGUGUAAAGAACGGAUUUACAUGGUAAGGUGUUGGUUCACAUACAUGUAGCAGCUUCAUGUCAGAAAUGGGAAUUCAAUAUUAUGUUUAGUGACAGAUUUUGCUGGAUUCUGAUUUUAAGAGAAAAACCCAUGUAAGAGGUUUUUGAGAAGGUCGAUUAAUUUCUUAUCAGAAAAACUUAUGUGUUUGCAUUAAAAGUAUCAUUUAAAUCUUUCAAAAGUGGAUUUUUAUGUGCCAAACACUAGAUCAAAUACUGGAAAUGAAUAGAGAUGAGUUUAUAAACAUGAUAGGACACAAGGGGAAUAACUUUUGAUAAUACCGGAACUCAGUAUAUAUGCCCUUGAAGGGUAUAAAAAGAAAAAUGGACUUAACCCAUAAAAGUACUUUUGAGGUAUGAUUAAAGUGCUCUUACUAUAUUUGAAUCUUGACAAAUAUGUACAUACAAGUACCUGUAACAAUUUAUUCACUAAAAAAGAUUUAUCUAUUUGUUUGAUUUGACUGGUUUUUUUUUCACUCUGUAGGCGUACUCAAUAUUAUUUUGCUCACAUGUACACGGUGUUCAGGGGCUGCCAAAUGUAUGGGUGAAAUGCCAAGUGUUAGUAUGUGCUUGGAGAACCAGCA